AUGGAGUUCUCUGUGUCUUUCUCCUUCUUCUUCCUCGUCUGUCUCUUUACUCAAAGUGUGUUGUCUCAAAAUGCUAUGACUCCACCAAGAGGCUGGAAUUCCUACGAUUCCUUCAGUUGGAUAAUUUCUGAAGGAGAAUUCUUACAGAAUGCGGAAGUACUUUCCAAGCGUCUUCUUCCUUUUGGAUAUGAGUAUGCGGUGGUGGAUUUUCUUUGGUAUCGGAGUCUGGACGGUGGGGAUCAGUCGUUUGGGAAAGAAAACUCGGAUGGAUGGGGGAGAUUGCAUCCUGAUGGAGCCAGGUGGCCAUCUUCCAUUGGUGGCAAAGGAUUCAAAGCAGUGGCCGAUAUAGUUCACAGCAUGGGUGUGAAGUUUGGCAUUCAUCUCAUGGCUGGAAUUAGCUCUCAAGCUGUUCGCCAAAACACUCCCAUUUUAGAUACUAACACGGGAGGUGUUUAUAAGGAAGAUGGUAGAGAGUGGCACGCAGGAGACAUAGGAAUAGAGUCAAGGGCUUGCAGCUGGAUGCCUGAAAGUUUCAUGGCUAUCAAUCUAACGUUGGGAGCUGGAAAGGCCUACUUGAAAUCUGUCUAUGACUUAUAUGCUUCAUGGAAUGUUGAUUUUGUGAAACUUGAUUGCGUGUUUGGUGAAAACUUCGAUGUAGAUGAAAUAACUACAAUAUCUGGGAUAUUGAAGGAGCUUAAUCGUCCCAUACUGCUUUCUUUGUCUCCUGGAGUGUCUGCAACACCACAAAUGGCUCAACAAAUCAGUGGAAUGGUUAACAUGUACCGUGUUACCGGAGAUGAUUGGGAUCAGUGGCAACACGUGGCAGAUCAUUUCGACGUUGCAAGGAAUUUUGCUGCUGCUGAGUUGAUUGGAAGCAGAGGUCUAAAUGGCAGGUCAUGGCCUGAUCUGGACAUGCUUCCAUUCGGAUGGCUAACUGAUCCAGGUGUGAAGCAAGGUCCCCACAGAUUUACUGAUCUAAGCCUCACAGAACAAACAACCCAGAUGACUUUGUGGAGUAUAGCAAAAUCUCCCCUCAUGUAUGGAGGUGACCUGAGGAAUCUUGAUGAAAAAACAUUUAAUCUUAUCACAAAUCCUACCGUUCUCCAGAUUAAUUCCCAUAGCGCAAACAAUACGGGGUUACCUUUCGAAACUCUCGGGCUUCGAUCUUGGAUGGCGACUGGAAAUGAUGGAAAAGUGUAUGUUGCAUAUUUCAAUUUAAAUCAGGAGAUAUCAAGGAUGGUAAUGAAUAUGUCAGCACUGGGAAAUGUGCUUCUUGCAGGAAGAAGCCUUGCAAAUUGCAAUGGCCAAGAUGUGUGGAAUGAGAAUAACAAAGUUACAAAUGGGACAAUAUUUGCAAAUGUUGGACCACAUGGUUGUUCACUCUUUGUCCUCACUUGUACCUAA